CCGCCCCUUCCCCCGCCCGGGCGGCCAUGGCCAUUCCCAGCAUCCCCUAUGAGCGACGGCUUCUCAUCAUGGCGGACCCUAGAGAUAAGGCGCUUCAGGAUUACCGCAAGAAGCUGCUGGAGCACAAGGAGAUCGACGGCCGUCUUAAGGAGUUAAGGGAACAAUUAAAAGAACUUACCAAGCAGUAUGAAAAGUCUGAAAAUGAUCUGAAGGCCCUACAAAGUGUUGGGCAGAUUGUGGGUGAAGUGCUUAAGCAAUUAACUGAAGAAAAAUUUAUUGUUAAAGCUACAAAUGGACCAAGAUAUGUUGUGGGUUGUCGUCGACAGCUUGACAAAAGUAAGCUGAAGCCAGGAACAAGAGUUGCUUUGGAUAUGACUACAUUAACUAUCAUGAGAUAUUUGCCAAGAGAGGUGGAUCCACUUGUUUACAACAUGUCUCAUGAGGACCCUGGGAAUGUUUCUUAUUCUGAGAUUGGAGGUCUGUCAGAACAGAUUCGGGAAUUAAGAGAGGUAAUAGAGUUACCUCUAACAAAUCCAGAAUUAUUCCAGCGUGUAGGAAUAAUACCUCCAAAAGGCUGUUUGUUAUAUGGACCACCAGGCACAGGAAAAACACUCUUGGCACGAGCUGUUGCUAGCCAACUGGACUGCAAUUUCUUAAAGGUUGUAUCUAGUUCUAUUGUAGACAAGUACAUUGGUGAAAGUGCUCGUUUGAUUAGAGAAAUGUUUAAUUAUGCCAGGGACCAUCAGCCAUGCAUCAUUUUUAUGGAUGAAAUAGAUGCUAUUGGUGGUCGUCGGUUUUCUGAAGGUACUUCAGCUGAUAGAGAGAUUCAGAGAACCUUAAUGGAGUUACUGAAUCAAAUGGAUGGAUUUGAUACUCUGCAUAGAGUUAAAAUGAUCAUGGCUACAAACAGACCAGAUACGCUGGACCCUGCUUUGUUACGUCCAGGAAGAUUGGAUAGAAAAAUACAUAUUGAUUUACCAAAUGAACAAGCAAGAUUAGAUAUAUUGAAAAUCCAUGCAGGACCCAUUACAAAGCAUGGUGAAAUAGAUUAUGAAGCAAUUGUGAAGCUAUCAGAUGGCUUUAAUGGAGCAGACCUGAGAAAUGUUUGCACUGAAGCAGGUAUGUUUGCAAUUCGUGCUGAUCAUGAUUUUGUAGUUCAAGAAGACUUCAUGAAAGCAGUCAGAAAAGUGGCUGAUUCUAAGAAGCUAGAAUCUAAAUUGGACUACAAACCUGUGUAAUUUUAUUGUAAGGUUUUGGAUGGCUGCAUGACAGACAUUGACUUAAUGUAAAAAUAAAGUUAAGGAAAAUAAUGUACGUAUUGGCAAUGAUCUCAUUAAAUGUUAAUGAAUAAAAUAUGUAUGAGUAACAUAAAAAUUAGUAUGUAAUUCAGUAAUUCAACUUUUUAAAUUGACACAGAAGAAAUUUGUAUGUUUGUUAAUGUUGCAUUUAUUGCAGCAAAAGUUACAACAAGAAGAGUGUUGAAGCUUUUCGUAUUUGCCAUGUGAGCAUUUUGUAAAACACUGAAAAAUAGUUUGAGAUAGUAGUACAAGAGAGCAUUUCUUAAGACUUAUUAUAUCAUUUGUUUUCCUCAUUCUAACAAAGUUUAAUAAAAUCUGUUUGAUUUAGUUCCACCUA